CUUGAAAAAGCUGCAGGUGUGACAAUGGUUUCUCUCAGAGCUUUCCUCCUCGUCCUCAUGUUGCACACUACAGUUGUGGUCCCGGCAGCCGGCGUAACCCUGAGCAGGCUGGAGCGCUGGGUCCGCUCAGCCCUCCAGUCACUGCAGUGGAACCAGCUGGAGCGCUGCCGCCGCCUGUCCUCCCUCUCUGAGGCUGAAUGCAGGCAGCACGCCCACCUGCCGCUGUCCUCGGUGGCUGUGUACGUGGCGGAGCCUCACAGUGUCGCAGGUCACUCUGACAAAGUUUUGGCCAUCCUACCAGACUCCUCCGUCGGGAUGUUGAGCUCCAAGCUACGGAGACGCUUCAGCGGCAGCCAGGUGCUGAAUGGGAUGCAGGGUCCCCACCAGCAGUCUCUCCCUCGCUCCAUGGCCCACGAUGCUGUGUUAGUGCUAGAUCCAAGCCCUGGGGAGAACUUUGGACACCCGGUGGUCCUCUUCUAUGUGGAUGUGAAUGUGACAAAGAAAAGAUGCUCCCACUUAGAUGGCAUUUACCUGGGUGAUGAAUGUUUGACGCUAGCUUUAAAGGGUCGCUGUGAGAACCAGCUGAAGCAUCGUCACACCGUGGCAGAAAGGGUGAUUGGUAAUGGUCGCAUGACAGUUGGCACCAUUACCACCGGCGGUGGUAACCGUCUGCUCGAGCGUGCCAUUGGAGGGCUCUGUGAGGUCCACUUCCUCCCACUGGUCGUUGGAGUCAGAGACAGUAACCGAACACAAAGACUCAGAUGUGUUGAUCACACAGACUUUGCAGCAUGUCCUCAGCUGCUGCCCAUGAACUCGCCUAGUUUGCCCGUCUCAAGCUGUGAGCUGAAUAAAAACACGAGACGCUGCCAUCAGCAGCCUCUGGGCACUCACCUCUCCUGUCGCCUCUACCAGACCUGUGACCACGCUGUCCUCAUUUCAGAUCUAAAAGAGCGCUACUCAGUCAACGAGCUGUUGGCCGACCUGGCCGGCUGCAGGGCAACUCGUGUCCUGCUGUUUGUGGAUCAGAGCUACAGCGGUGUCCUAUCCAAGCGGCUGCAAGGCUCUCAGAAACACCUCAAUGUGGUUCUAAUCCAGAACCCGGCCAGGCAGACUUAUGCCCACCUGAACCACAGGUUGAGUCCAGGCUGGGAGGACAGCAGCUGGUCCUUAAUCAGUCCUGCCACCUGCUUGCUGGACCACCUGGGAAAGGAUGCUGGGAUGUUUCGCCUUCUGGAGCCAUGGGCGGGUCUUUUAAACGUGACCUUGGCUGGCGCCCCGUGCAACGCCACACCACCUCUAACAGAUAGCGAGAUGCAGCGAGAGUACCAGGGCUGCCAGAAUCUGCCGACUGCGCUUUGGCACCAGAAACUCAGACGGGCAAACUAAAAGCAGAGCGUGGAGACGUGCUGGGAGACUUUGAGAGAGGAUGAAUUGUGUGAGUGUGUGUGCAUUGACCAAUGAACACGGUGGACACUGCUGUGUGUGUGUGCCGUUUAUGUCCUAACUCUGAACUUGGACUGUAACCAUGAAGAUGACAGCUCAUCCCAACGGGAUUGUCCUGAACUCUGUGUUACCAGUGUGUGCGCUUGUUUGUAUGCAUGUGUGUGUUUGUGAGUUCAGCAAGAGGACAGACGCUCUCAGAGACCAGCUGAUGCUCUGGCCAUUGUUGGAGUGUGGGACGGUGUGUACGCUGCAUCUCCUGGGCACUUAAAUGUUUUAGAUCCAAUCAUCUAUUUUUGUCUGUCCUUUAUUUAUUCUCAUUUGGCUUCUGUUUGCAUUUUCCACUCGCCGUGGACUUCUUUCUGCUAGUGUAUCGAUCGCUCUUAGUCUCCUUCCUUCCUCUGCAGCACUUUUCUUCUUGCUUUCACUCCAUAUUUGUAUAUCAUUGUAUUCGCUUCUAUAC